AUGGAGCUGAAACAGAAUGAGAAGUUACACAUGGAAAAUUAUGACAAUUUAGGGUUCGGCGUUGACUUAGGUCAAAGAAAAUACCGCCUACAACGAUUCACUCUCAAUCGACCCUCAAUUUCUUUACCUUUUCUGCAUCCACUCACCUCUGGUGCUUCCUCCAGGCCGUCGACCGCUGACCUCCGGCGUUCCAUCACACCUUCCUCAUCCGAUUCUGAGUUAAAAUCUCUGCUUCUAAGAAAGCAAGAAAGAAGGAGAAAACAUGAGUGGCGACAACGUCAGUUUGAGCUUGAACAGCUGCGCAAAGACUUUAACAGGAUUAACAAAGAAGUGGCUAAACUUAGAAUUGCUGGGGAAGAUGCCAGUUCCAUGAUAAAAAAUACAGAGGAAAACAAGGACUCAACUGCAAAAAAAGAUGCAGAGGUUCAGGAAGCCCGUGCAGCAUUAUAUUCAAAACUGGAGGUGGUUGGGAAUCUUGUGCAUGAUUCAGUUCCUGUUAGCAAUGAUGAGGCAAAUAAUGCUGUUGUCCGCACUUGGGGGGAGAAAAGAACAGAGCCAAAACUAAAAAAUCAUGUCGAGCUUGUGGAACUUCUUGGAAUUGCAGAUCUGAAAAGAGGUGCUAAUGUAGCUGGUGGUAGAGGAUUUUAUUUGAAAGGAGAUGGUGUGCGUCUAAAUCAAGCUCUUAUAAACUUUGGUCUUGAUUUUCUGGAGAAAAGGGGCUUCACAUCAUUGCAAACUCCAUUCUUUAUGAGGAAAGAUAUAAUGGGAAAGUGUGCUCAAUUAGCCCAAUUCGAUGAAGAACUUUACAAGGUAACAGGUGAGGGAGAUGACAAGUAUCUGAUUGCUACUGCUGAACAACCACUUUGUGCUUAUCACAUAGAUGACUGGAUUCAUCCAACACAGCUACCACUAAGAUAUGCUGGAUAUUCGUCUUGCUUCCGGAAAGAAGCUGGGUCACAUGGUCGUGACACUCUUGGAAUCUUCCGUGUUCAUCAGUUUGAGAAAGUUGAACAGUUUUGUAUCACCAGUCCUAAUGCCAAUGACUCAUGGGACAUGCACGAGGAGAUGAUUAAAAACUCUGAGGAGUUUUACCAAAUGUUGAAAUUGCCGUAUCAUAUAGUCUCUAUAGUCUCUGGUGCACUAAACGAUGCUGCAGCAAAGAAGUAUGACUUGGAAGCAUGGUUUCCUGCAUCCAGCACUUACAGAGAACUUGUGUCUUGUUCAAAUUGCACUGAUUACCAGUCGAGAAAGUUGGAGAUCAGAUUUGGGCAGAAAAAGAGCAAUGAACAAACAAAGCAAUACUGCCAUUUAUUGAAUUCCACACUCACAGCAACAGAGAGGACUAUGUGUUGCAUUCUUGAGAAUUACCAGAGGGAAGAUGGUGUUGAAGUGCCUCAAGUGCUACAGCCAUUCAUGGGUGGGAAGACGUUCAUCCCUUUCCAAGCUACUCCUGCUACUAAAGAAACCAAAGGGAAAAAAUCAAAACCAUAGAGUUGCUGCUUCAACAAAUACUUAAUCGUGAAGAUUUUGUUUUCUUUAUUUUUAGUUUCUAUUAUAAUUGAAUUUUUUCAUCUUGAUUAACCUCAUUUAUUUUUAACAAAAUUUCA